CUCUCUCGCCCUGCUCUGCUCUGCUCUCUCUUCUCUCUCACAUUGCGGUGUGUCACAGAAGGAAGAGGAGGAUCAUUGGGGGAAAUUGAGAUCAGAGAAAUCAGAGAAGGGGAAAAAUGGCCCUUGGAUGAACCGCUAGACAAGUUACCGGAAUGAGCUCGGAUGGUAGUCCUUCUGAAACGGCGACUUGCUGGUUGCUGCCUCCCCUCUCGCAUUUGACUGGACCGGACCGAAGCAACAAUAAAUGCGCCGGGACAGAACAAAAAUUCCACGAUAAGAACAGAAAAACAAAACCUGCACGCUUCUGCCAUUUUCUUUUCUCUUUCUUUCCUCAUUCUUUGGUUCUCUCACUUACAUCUCUCUUCUCUCUCUCUCUCGUAUGUGCGGGCGGUCAGCAGCAAGGCCACAUUCUCCAGAUUCUGCACACUCCCUUCUCCCUACCUGGCGGCUGUCCUCCUCUCCUCCUACUCCUUCUCCGCUGGCUGUUCCUCCGACUCUUCCCUCAUUUACUCCUCUCCCCACCUACCCUGCUCGCUAAAUAGCCCCCGCCCGUCUCCCAUUCCACCACCACCCCCUCCCUCCUCGUCCUCCUUUUUAUCCCCCACUGACCACAUUCUUCCUCCCAUUCACUUCCUUUUGAUCCUGUCUCCCCACCACCGCCGCCGCCGCUGCUACCCUCCUCCUCCCACCCCCAUUAGAUGGAGCCGCUGCUGGGGCUGACCCCGACUGACGUCCUCCUCCUGGCCGCCUUCCUGCUUUUCGUCGUCCACCAUGUGGCUUACACCAGGAAGAAAUCGUCCAUUCCGGGGCCGGCCUUCACGCUGCCGUUCCUGGGCAGCGCCCUGUCUCUGGUGCUGAACCCUACCAGGUAUUGGGAGGAGCAGGCCCGGAUGGCCCGCUCCUCCCCGCUCGGCCUCUCCGCCAACUUCAUCCUCGGCCGCUUCAUGGUCUUCAUCCACGACGUCGACCUCUCCCACCGCGUCUUCUCCAACGUCAGCCACGGCGUGAUCCACCUGAUCGGCCACCCCUUCGGCAAGAAGCUGUUCGGCGAGCACAACCUCAUCUACCUGACGGACCAGGAACACAAGGACAUCCGCCGGAGCAUCGCCCCCAACUUCACCCCUCGCGCCCUCUCCUCCUACAUAGCAGCCCAGCAAGCGGUGAUCCGCGCUCACCUCCGCUCCUGGCUCGCCCUGGGAUCCUCCUCCCCCAUUCCCCUCCGCACCCGCUGCCGCGACAUGAACCUCGAGACCUCCCAGACCGUGUUCGUCGGCCCGUACCUCGACCGGGAAGCCCGCGACAGGUUCGACUCCGACUACGGCCUCUUCAACUCCGGCCUCAUGGCCCUCCCCAUCGACCUCCCGGGCUUCGCCUUCCGCCGCGCCCACCGCGCCGUCUCCCGCCUUGUGGACACCCUCGCCGCCUGCGCCACCCGCUGCCGCUCCAACAUGUCCGCCGGCCACCAGCCUCGCUGCCUCAUGGACUUCUGGAUCCAGGACAUCGUCUCCGGUUCCGACGCGAAACUGUCCGACCGCGAGAUCGGCGGCCACGUCUUCGACUUCCUCUUCGCCGCCCAGGACGCGUCCACCUCGUCCCUUCUUUGGGCCAUUUCCAUGCUCGAGUCCCACCCGGACGUCCUCGCCCGCGUCCGCGCCGAACAGCAGCGCGUCCGCCCCGACCCGGACGCCCCCAUUUCCGCGGACCAGAUCGCCGACAUGACCUACACCCGGAUGGUCGCGAAGGAGGUGGUCCGCUUCCGGCCGCCGGCGACGCUUGUCCCGCACAUCGCCGCCUGCGACUUCCCCAUCUCCGACGGCUACACCGUGCCCAAGGGCGCCAUCCUGUUCCCCUCCCUCUUGGAGGCCGCGUUUCAGGGGUUCUCGGAUCCAGAUCGCUUCGAUCCGGACAGGUUCUCGGAGGAGCGGCGGGAGGACGAGCUGCACAAGCGCAGCUGGCUCAUGUUCGGGUCGGGUCCGCACCAGUGCGUGGGCCAGCGGUACGCCCUGAACCACCUGGUUCUCUUCAUCGCCCUCUUCGUCACGGUCUGCGAUUUCAAGCGGGCCCGAUCCGACGGCUGCGAUGACAUCGCCUACAAGCCCACCAUCGCUCCCAAGGACGACUGCCUCGUCUAUCUCUCCCCACGCACCAAGACUCUCCUCUGAAGCUUCCUCCCCCUUGACCGUUGUUGCACCUCAGCGUCAAGCCAUCUACCAAAUGUCAGCCACCUUGCGGGAAAAAUUCCGCUUCCCAAAAGGCUAAAGCAAAAUUUGUUUGUGAAACCCAAGAAAGCGGUGCGGUACAGUUUGUCAGGGCUUGUUUUGAAAAGUCACCUCCGUGUUAGGGCCUUCUUUUUUUUUUUCUUCUUCUCGUUUCUUGUCCAACGUUGUGUUUGAAGUUCAUUCUUUCUCUCUCUUCUAAUUUCUCUCUUUUUUUUUUCUUUUUAUCUUUUUUUUUUUUGUUCGAGUAAUGUUGUCGUUGGGAGCUGCUUGAUGUAUAGAUUGGUAGUAUUCUUUUGUUAUGUAGUUUAUUUCAAAAUUUGGUUGGAAAAUAGUUAAAAAAAGAAAAAGAAAAAAAUAAUCACAGUCUUA